CGUAACGCAGCCGGAGCCUGCGGCAGAGGCGGCGGGGCUGAGCAGUGGAGGGGAUGGAGUUGCCACCAGCCUCGGCUCUCUUUCCCGCAGCCCCGGCAUCACCUCCCCUCGCCCGGCCGUGCCACUCCUUAGGCCGCGCAGGGUGAUCGCGGGAGCGGGUGGGCAGCAGCUCGCCCUGUACUGGAGAGGAGGGCGCGGCGGGGCCAAGACAAGGGGACUUUUAGUGUCCUGGGCGACCGGCGCGACCCCCAAGCGCCCGGAGACCGUGAUCCGGAGGGAGCUACGCGCGAGCCCCCCGGGGCACGGCCGGUGGCCGGGAGGAGGUGCGGGGCUCGGCUGCUCGGUCCCAGGAGCCCGAAUAGCCGAUGGCGGGCAGCGACGUGGCCUGUGAGGGGCCAACGAGGAGGGGAGGCGCGAACCGGAGCCCCGGGGCUCCCGGGGGGCUGCGCAGCCAGGCAGCAGCCAGUUGCCCCGAACCGCUGUCCGCUACUGAUGCUCCGGCAGAACGUGGAGCGCUACCCGCCUGGAUGCGCCUCUACUUCUACGGGAUGCACGGCAUCACCCUGGACGUGCUGGUGUCCUCGGCCAGGCGCUUCGCCCGCAGCCUGGAUCUGCGGAUGUUGGGCUUCUCGUCGCCCUACCGCUGCCUCCUGCACUCGCUCACCCACUUCGCCCUGGAGCAGCUCUACCUGCAGCGGCCGCGCUGCCCCAGCGCCUUCCUCUUCAAUUUCCUGCUCUACCCCUGGGCGCACGUGGGGUUGCAGACCCUGGCGGGCCAGGCACUGCUGCUCAGUCUAGGCGGUGGGCCGGGGGGCGCGGCGGCGCCGGGGGCGCUCGACCUGGCGCUGCAAUACGUGCUGGCGCUCUACCACGGCCAAGUGUUCCUGAAGCGCUUCCUGCGUUUGCGGUACCCGCGGCAGCUCCAGCAGCAAACCAGGGACACACUACCGGCAGCCCCGGACGCCCGAGUCCUUUUGGAGGCUGGACGCGGGCGACAAGAACCCCGGAGCCCCAAGGGCGCAGAAGGAGCCCCCAGCCAAGGUCUGCCAGACCUCCUCCGCUUCCUUUUCUUCGGAAUGCACGGCUUUCUGGAUGAGAUCUUCUUCACCUUCUUCUUCAAUGUUCUGGGGCAGGGGGACGGAUCCAGCAGUGGGCACACAUCGCUCUGGUCCUUCUUCAUGUAUGGCAGUUGUAGCUUUGUGGUUGAAAAACUCUACUUCCACCUUCACUACAGCCGUGGCUGGGGCACCUGGAAGCGGGUGCCUAUAUAUGUGAUUUUUAUCUAUGCGUGGGAGUUGUCCUGGGGUCUGGGGCUUCGCAUGUGUGGGGCCUGUUCCUGGGACUAUUCUCAUUAUCCGCUCAAUUUCAUGGGCCUCAUCACGUUGAUGUAUUUACCUGGCUGGCUAUUCCUUAGUGUGUACCAGGACCUUCUAUCCAACGUGUUGUGGAGGGUGCAGUAUGUUCCAACAAACUAAGACUGGAAAAUAAGAAGAAAAGAAAGGAAGGGAGGAAGGAAUCUGACGAUUGGAUGCAAUUUAUUUUUACACAUUUAAAACGAGAUGGCUUUGUUUUCAGUCUUUUAAUUUUUAUACACUUCACUAAGCUCUUCCAACUUGUUUUACUUGACGUUUCAGUUUUCCAAACUGCUCGGAAUCUGUAUGUAAAGUUCUGUACUUUGAAGUAUUACUCAAAACUAACUGAAAUUGUUUAACUCAUCAAUAAUUUAAACCUUUUCGAGGGCAAACAACUAAACCACGCCAUCUUAAACAUCAGAAACCGGUGAUAGUCACUGAACCUCGACGAGUGAUAACCACUUAUUUUUCUGUUCAUCCGUAAACGUUUUCAGAUCAGAGACCAGUGAUUUUUUUUUUACAAGUUCCUGAUUUAAUGAGCUGUUUACUUUCUUUUUAGCGCAAUUUCAUUUUGCUUUCUUGCCAUGUUGACCAAUGGCAGCUGAAAAUCUGUCUUGUAUGUCCUUCAGAAACUUCAACCACAGCUCUUAAAGUGCCUCUGUCUGGUCUACACGUGAGAGGAAGACCACAAGGGUGAAAACAUCCCAUGAACACAUUUUAACAAGAGCCGUCUUUUGUGUCAACACCAACAGGUCACCCUGUGUUGGUGACAUUUGGUCACAGUCUUGGAAGUGAUUGCUUUCCGACGUUGGCUAGCCUUAAACACUGUGUAUGUUAACAUUACUCAGAACACGUGUUACCUAAACUUUUGUAACUGUGCAGUAACCUAAAUGUUUGCCCUAGAUGUCCCAGGGUCAAGUGAAAUUAUACCACCUUCAAUGGUGUUCUAACUCUAAGGUCCCUUUUUCUACAUGGAGCUCCAAAUACAGAAGCAGUAUCUUGGAAUAAAAUGAAUCCGAAUUCUCCCUCUAAUUACAUUAGGCCUAAUUGUUUUCUCUAUUUACUGAUGCAUUUUCACCUUCUCUCACAGUCCCCCCGCCCCUCACACUCACACACUUUUUUUCCCUUGCAGGCCCAGAAUUUGGGGUCAGACCCGACAUGGUAAUGCACUUUAUAAAUGCAUGAUAGCUUUGGACAGCUUAUGAUUAAUUAAUGUCUAAAAGCUCCAAAGUUAAAUGAGAUGAUGGAAGCCAUUCUAAGAAAUUAUAUCUAAUUGAUUAAUAAUGUACUCGAGGGUGUUUGUUGUUUUAUUGUACUCAGAGGAGUGAGUGGAAUAGAGUGUGGCUCAGCCAAGGAUGACUAAUAACCUCUCAGCUUUCAGUACGAAGCUAAUUAGGAAAACUUAGAAUGUGUAUUAAUGGAUUUGAAUUGUCCAAUUGCCUGUGCUGUAAAAAGGGAUAGUUUCUAUUUCAAAAAAAAAAAAAAAAGAAAGAAAGAAAAAAGUUUGCUAGGAGAACAGCAAAGAAUGUGUGUUUAGGUUUGAUUCAGAUGAAUCAGAUUUGAUGCUCUAAUCCAUCCUGUGAGGUUGUAAGCUAAAUUAUAAAUAAUGACACAGAGUCAACCCCACCUGUGAAAUGGAAGAGGGCAAGCUAAUUGCUCUCAUCAUUCACAACUUAAAAGUAAGCUCCACACUUGCCAAGGGUUUUCUCUUCGGUUCUUUAUGACACUCUGUAACAGGUCAAAGGUUUCUGAAAAUACUGGAGGGGAAAAUACGGAAGUAGAGAGGGGAGAGGUAGGAAGAUGCAGGAUGAGAUAUUUGUAAGGCAAAUGUGACACAUGCAGGAGAACCUGAGGGAAGGGUGGCCCCACUGCAUACCCCACAUUCCUGUGAAUGUCCACUCAGCUCCUUGGCUGCUGAAAUGCUUAUCAAAUUGUUCCCACUCUGUCGCCUCUCACCUCCAGCAUAAGCUCCUAUCAGAGCCACUGAGAAGCCUGCUAACCUCCUCCAGCUCAGAAAUCUCCCACUUAGGAACACCUGCCUUUUUAUUUUCCUUUUAAUUCUCUGCUCAUCAACAGAGUAGAGUAAGGUUUUCAGUCAUAGGACUUAUUCAGGAAAUAGUUACCCAGCCUCCAGUAAUUAGGAGACACUUCUCAAGACUGUGUAUACACAGUAAUGAACUAAAAAAUCUCUGUCCUUGUAAACCUGGAAAUGGACCGUAUUGAUUCUGUGAAAUUGUACUCCUUUUUUCUGUUUGUGUUUUGGUUUUUGCUGUGGUGGUUUUUUUUUUGUUGUUGUUGUUGUUGUUGUUGUUUUUUCAAGACCACUGUUUCUGCACUAGGGGAUGAGCAACAGGAGUUAGAACUUUCACCAGUCCAGUCCCUGGAACAUAACAAUCCAUUCUUCCAAUAGAGUAACAAGACUAACAGCCCCCCACCCGCUAGCUUCACAAAAUCCUAGCUUUGAAUACAGGAAGUGAUUAGGCUGGGUUGUAACUCAGUAUAUUGUCUUAGGGCUUCUCAUUUUGUGUUUGCUCAACUUCUUAAAGGAGGCAUUUUGCUGUGAUCUUUGACCCUUCAGGAUAAGGGAAAUCAACAAAUUAUUUAACUUUGUUAUUAUUAGUAGUUUAGAAGAGGAAAUAGUAAGGCAGUAUGGUAGAUAAUAUUUAAAUAGCAUUUUCUCUCUGACAAAACUUCUCUAAAAUAUUUAUAUAUAUAUAUAUAAAUGUAUGUAUUAGACAGAUAUUGAAUUAAGAACACAUUCUUACAUUCUAUGCCUUAAGUGAACAUACAUACAGUAUAUAUUUUAAAUACAUAUUUAUGUAUGCAUACAUAUUCACUUAAACUUGCAACAACCCUGCUUUUAUAGAUGAAGGCAAUAAAACUGAAGCCCAAAUGGAUUCAGUUAACUACUUGAGUUAUACAGCUUUUGAGUAUUUAUAUUUGAGUUAGUGGAUAUCGGACUCCAAUUUGUUCUCAACAGCAACUUGACUGUGCCUCUGCCUACUGGUCUCAGUGAUCUGGGUCUUGUCUAGACUGUUCUUCCCUUGACUGAGAGAUACACAACUAGCUGUAUAAAAGGUAGACAUUGUUUGCAAAAGACUCACAUUGGUUUUCUUUUAUUAUGUGGUACAUAGCAAAUGAAUUAAUAUCAGGAUACAUAACUGACAAUCGAGCUCCUUUUACUCCAUAGAUAAUGCCUUUACAUUAAAGAAGUGCUCUGAAAGGAAGUUCCUCCUAUAAACUAAGAUAAUAUGCAACAUAAAAUGCAAAAAUAAUAUGCUAGGAUUCGAGGUAGGUCAUUAUCACAAGCUAUGAAUAUACAUAUAAUUAAUCACUGCUAAACAUUAAAUAUUAUAUUUAGAGCAGAUAUCAUUGUAAGGACUAACCCCAAACGUGAGAAAAUUUGUGGCCAGGUGUGUUAGCACACAACUGUAAUCCCAAUACUGAAGAUGCUAAAGCCGUAGGAUGCAAAUUUGAGGUCACCAUAAGGCACAUAAUGAUAUCUUGUCUUUACAAAAACACUAUUUUUUACAAAGACAUAUAUCCUGAAUUUCUACUGAAGAAAAAAAUAUUCUUAGUAGAAAGACAUAAAAGUAGCAAGGGUACUUAAUAUAUACAAUGCUGAGAUUUCUUUUUAGAAGUACUUAAAAUUUUAAGUAAAUCCUAUUGAUUUCUGUGAAUCUAAAGAGGAGUAUAUGCUGUUGAAUUUUCAUGUUAAUAAUGAAUAUAGAAGUACAGAUAUCAAAGAAAAACUCCAAUAAAGUUGCUAACACAUUGUGUUAUUUCAAACAUU